AUGGGGAAAAAGCGAGUCCUUGUCGGUUAUGGUGUCGAUAUUGACGCUGUCGCCGGCUGGCUAGGCUCAUAUGGAGGCGAGGACAGUGUCAGCGAUAUCAGUCGAGGUUUAUGGGCCGGCCACAUCGGAACCCCCCGCGUGCUGAAACUGUUCGAGAAAUACAAUAUUAAGGCAACAUGGUUCAUCCCCGGUCACUCUUUGGAUACUUUCCCAGAAGAGUGCGCGAUGGUGCGAGAUGCCGGGCAUGAGAUUGGUCUUCAUGGGUACUCGCACGAGAAUCCUUCGAGUCUAUCCACCGAACAGCAGCGCGAUAUUCUCGACAAAACCUACAAUAUGUUGACGGACUUCUGUGGCAAGCCACCAAGAGGCAUCGUGGCGCCUUGGUGGGAAGCCAGUGCAGAAAUGGUUGACCUUCUGUUACAAUAUGGCAUCGAAUAUGACCAUUCUAUGUCGCACGAGGAUUGUCAGAUGUAUUGGUUACGAACAGGGGAUACGUGGACGAAGAUUGAUUACGAAAAGAAAGCGGAAACAUGGAUGAAGCCAUUGGUCAGGGGAAAUACAACUGGUCUUGUUGAGAUUCCCGGAAGCUGGUAUAUCGAUGAUCUGCCCCCGAUGAUGUUCAUCAAGAACUCGGCCAACAGUCACGGUUGGGUCAAUCCUCGAGAUGUUGAGGAUAUAUGGAAGGACCAUUUCGAUUAUUUCUAUCGAGAAUAUGACGAGUUUGUGUUUCCGAUGACGAUUCAUCUUGAUGUUUCUGGCCGGCCCCAUGUCUUGCUUAUGCACGAAAGGCAUGUCCCAAGUUCACCUUUCUCGUAUGCUGUGCGUAUUGGGAUAAGCUAA